GCUGACGCCAUCCGGAAGUUUCGAGGAAGCAGACAACCAUAACAACUAAACUUCACACUCACAACUUGAAUUUUGCGGCUAUUUACGUUUGUUAAAAAUGGAGUCGACCCUCGAACAGCAUCUUGACGACACCAUGAAAAAUCCAGCAGUCGUCGGUGUGCUCUGUACAGAUCAACAAGGACACAACCUGGGCUGCCGGGGCUCCCUGUCUGAUGAACACGGCGGUGUCGUGUCAGUUUUGGCCAAACAAGCUGCAGCUCUCACCAGAGACCCAACAGACUCUCCGACUGUGUGCCUGGAGUCUGAGUCGGGGAACAUUCUAGUGAGGACUCAUGGGACCAUCACAGUAGCAGUUCACAAGAUCGCAUCUUGAAGAAAGCACACCUCACAGAGGAGUUUCAUGAUAAAGAAAUGUAAACACACGUCGAACAGUCGAACUCUGAGGAAGAUCUUCACUUUGCAAGAGAAAUUUGGAGUGUCUACAUGUGCCUGCUGUGUUUUCUGUAUAUUCAGUUCCCGUAUUUAAACCAGACCAGGACUGCUAACUUUCUGAUGCUUGUAGUGUGAGUCCUUUCUUUUCUAUAAGAUUUGUGUGUCACCAAUCUGUCAGUAGUGCUAUUUUAUUGAUGGCAUGUACAAAGUGGGCACAUUAAUGUGUGCAUGUCUCUUUUUGUUCCAUAUCCUUAAAUCUGAGGCAGUCAUGCGGACAAUAACAACCUUUAAUAAACUUUAACUUGA